GAAAGAAAGAAAGAAAGAAAGAAAAAAGACAGCAAANNNCGGACGGCGUUCCCGGCGGAGCAGCUGCAGCGGCUGAAGGCGGAGUUCCAGGCGAACCGGUACAUCACGGAGCAGCGGCGGCAGAGCCUGGCCCAGGAGCUCAGCCUCAACGAGUCCCAGAUCAAGAUCUGGUUCCAGAACAAACGAGCCAAGAUCAAGAAGGCGACGGGCAUCAAGAACGGGCUGGCGCUGCACCUCAUGGCCCAGGGACUCUACAACCACUCCACCACCACCGUGCAGGACAAAGAGGAGAGCGAGUGA